UCAGCCAAUCAGAUCGAGCAGAUGGGUCCUGACCUUUAACCCGACAGCGCCGCUUUCAAAUUGCAAACACGGGGAGUAUGAAACCGGGGAGCACGGCAUGAGCGAGACACGGCUUCGCAAAGCAAGUCUGAGUGUUUGUUUGACUUAUAAUUUCAAAGAAAAAUGUUCAUCUCUUUCACAAGGUGACUGACGCACUGCCACUCACAGAAGGGCAUUUCACUGUGUAAAUAUGAGCGCUGGGAAGCAGAUGACCUUAUUCCAGACUUGGGGUACCCGUGUGCCCCAAAACCAGGGUCAUUCCGAGCCGCCAAAGACAAGCAACAGCGUGCAGGCAAGAAGGAAAGCGAGCCCCGGUGCCGGAGGUGCUACCAACACCAACACCAACAACAACAACGCCUUGAAAACUAAAACGGCGCCAGCGCCCCUGUACCGGAAUCCGCUCUGGGGGGAGAUCGGUUCUCGCACCGCGGCGGACACUGUCUGUGCCGCCGGGUUUGAAGAUGACAGUGAAGACGAUCUGAUGCUGGUUGCCGUUUACGAAGCCGAAAAGAGCUUGGAUGCGUCCGGCACCGGCGAUCUGCGCUCGGGAAAGCCACGGCUAGAAGCAGCAGCCCUGCCACCAAACCCGCACAAUGCGCCCAUCGCCAUUGAAAACCUGCCCGGGUUUGACAUCUCCUCCGCCGAUGUCUGGAUCUACCCCACCAACUACCCCGUCCGGGGUUACCAGUUCAGUAUCUCCCAGGCCGCUCUGUUUCAGAACACGCUGGUGUGUCUGCCCACAGGGCUGGGGAAGACGUUCAUUGCCGCCGUGGUCAUGUACAACUUUUACCGGUGGUACCCGUCUGGCAAGAUCGUAUUUCUGGCUCCCACGAAACCUCUGGUGGCGCAGCAGAUUGAAGCCUGCUACAAGGUGAUGGGUAUCCCACAGGAGCACAUGGCUGAAAUGACCGGAAGCACGCAGGCGCUGAGCCGCAGGGAGAUCUGGAGCCAGCGGAGAGUCUUCUUCCUGACCCCGCAGGUCAUGGUGAAUGACCUGUCCCGAGAGGCCUGCCCUGCCGUCCAGAUUAAGUGUGUGGUCAUUGACGAGGCUCACAAGGCUCUGGGCAACCACGCGUACUGCCAGGUCGUCAGGGAGCUGGGUAAUCACAGCAGGCAGUUCCGAGUCCUGGCUUUAAGUGCCACUCCGGGCAGCGACACACGGGCAGUACAGCAGGUGAUCUCUAACCUGCUGAUCUCUCACAUCGAGCUGCGUUCAGAGGAGUCCUCCGAUAUCCAGGCCUACUCCCACCAGCGCAGCGUGGAGAAGUUUGUGGUGCCUUUGGGGGAGGGGCUGAAGGCACAUCAGAACAAGUAUCUACAGGUGCUGGAGGUGUUUGCAGGACGGCUGAUCCGGUUGAACGUCCUGUCUCGAAGGGACAUCCACAACCUCACCAAGUACCAGCUGGUCCUCGCUCGAGAGCAGUUCAGGAACAACCCUCACCCCCACAUCGCCGUAGCGCAGAAGGGAUCUGUAGAGGGAGACUUUGCCCUCUGCAUCAGCCUGUACCACGGCUAUGAACUGCUGCUCCAAAUGGGGAUCCGCUCCCUCUUCCUGUUCAUGCAAGGCAUUAUGGAUGGCACAAAGGGCAUGACGAGAGCGAGGAAUGAGCUGAGCCGUAACCCUGACUUCAUGGGACUCUACCAGCAGAUGGAGGCCAUGUUUGUGGAUUCCAGCCGAGCUUCAGCCACACGAGCCGACAGACCAUUUGUUUACAGCCAUCCGAAGCUGAGGAAACUGGAAGAGGUGGUGGUGGAACACUUCCAGUCUUGGUCUCAGCGAGAAGGUCAGCCCUGUGCGGGAGGGGCUACGCGUGUGAUGAUCUUCUCCUCAUUCAGGGAGAGCGUGCAGGAGAUCGCAGAGAUGCUGAGCCGUCACCAGCCGCUCAUCAAGGUCAUGACCUUCAUGGGACAGUCCUCUGCGGGCAAGGGGGUCAGGGGCUUCACGCAGAAGGAGCAGCUGGAGGUGGUGAAGAGAUUCCGGGAAGGUGGUUACAACACGCUGGUCUCUACCUGCGUGGGGGAGGAGGGUCUGGAUAUCGGGGAGCUGGACCUCAUCGUCUGCUUCGACGCCCAGAAGAGCCCCAUCCGGCUGGUGCAGCGCAUGGGCCGCACGGGACGCAAGCGGCAGGGCAGGAUUGUGGUCAUCCUGGCAGAGGGCAGGGAGGAGCGGACCUACAAUCAGAGUCAGAGUAACAAGAGAAGCAUCUACAAGACGAUCCUGGGAAACAAGAAGUCCUUCCACAUGUACCAGAGCAGCCCUCGCAUGCUCCCUGAGGGGGUGAACCCCGCCGCACACAAGAUGCACAUCGCCACCGGAGAGUUUGAGCACAAGAGCAAAUCCAAGCGCUGCUCCACAGCGAGGAGAUCGGGCUUCCAGCUCCUGGACUCCUUCAUGCAGCCCCGGACUCCAGCUGCUUGCCAGGGGAAUUCGAAGGGGGACGGGCUGCUGAGCCCGGAGGAGUUUCAGGUGUGGAGCGCAGUGUACCGCCUGCGGGACGAGCCACAGCCCAGACUGCCACGGGAGCCGUUCACUUCCGUUCAGGAGCCCGACCCGGGAGACACUGAAUCCCAAGCCGGGCCCAGUGUUCGGGAGCUGUCUCUCUCCGAGUGGAGGCUCUGGCAGAACCGCCUCUUCCCCACUGAGCUGGUAGAUCACUCGGAGCGCUGCAAGCACUUCACCAGCAUCAUGGAGACUGUGGAGCGCAUGAGGCAGGAGGAGGAGGGAGACUGCAGUUACGCUUCGGCGCUGAUGCCGUACCUUCACAUGGAAGACGUUGUUGGGAGCACAGUCAGUGCAAAGGAUGGUUCUACUCCUGCAGAAGUUCUGCAAGAUCAAACAGUCCCCAAGGGUCCAAAGAGCAUUGGGGCUCAUCGGAAAGCUGUCGGCUCAAAGCAGAAACUCCCUCUGGGCCCUUCAGCCAGAGCUAAAGAGGCAGAUAAAAACCUUCUGGAGUUUCAAGGGGUUUCAUCAAAGAGGGGGAUUUCAAUUGUUAACUCUGGGUCAUCAGACACCAGAGGGGUCAAUGCGGAGACGCCAUUCCCAGGAGAGGACCAUGCAAGCAAGAACAUGUCCAAAGAAAGCACAAACCAAUCGAAGCUUGCCAAGUUUUUCAAAACAAAGACUGCUCCUAUUUUGGAAAUGGAUGUGGAUUGUGAUUUCGUUACAGAAUGCACUGUUAUCAAUAAGACUCUGGAUCAGGUGGUUAAAACUGCAGCAGCAGACAAGACAAACAGUGAACUGACACACACCGAUCUUGUACGAGAUUCUUUGGAAACCGAAGAAGCUACUGAACGGAGUGUUCAAUUAAGACAGAAAGCCAGCUCAGAUACUGGGUAUAGUAGUUUAGUGGAUGAAACCCAGUUAGAUUUAGACAGUGUGUUUUAUUUGCCGGAACUGAAUGGCCAUUCAGAAUCAUGUGGAGUCAAAGAUGUCCCAGACAAUGUGAAAGAUGUUUUGGAAAAUGUAAGAAACUUUCUGACAAAGUCUCCUCCUCAUACACUUGACAUUGAUUUUCCUCCGGAAGAGUCUCACACUGAUCCAGAGUUCCAGUCCGAGUUAAAUCCUUUUCAUUUAAACUUCUCCUUGGUGGAUGUUUUGGAAAACGAUUAUGAAGAGGAAGACUCUAUUGUGGUUAAUGGUUUUGAAAAUGAACUGCUAGAUUCAGAUAAACCAGAGGACUGGAAAGCACCAACGCUUGAUGGCAGCCUGGCCCAAGAGUCCAUCAGUAAAGCAGGGAGCCCUAGCUGGGAUGAUGUCUUUGAUGAUUGCAGUGUCCAUGAGGAAGCUUUGGACAAUGGUGGACAAGAUCCCAAAACAUUUGAGAAUCGUGAAACAUUGCACCAACCUCAAGCUAUAGAAGUGGAGCGUGGAACUAGCUUAAUUCUAGAUGAGGAAGACCAGCAGAGUCAUCCACGCAGUCGGGUCCCCGCUGGGCACAACGACAGCAUAAGCUUAUUUGAAGACGAUGACCUCUUUCUUGAGGUUAGUAUUCCGUGUCCGGCUCUAGACACCAGCAAGCAGUUUCCUGCAGGACAAGAGCUGCAGCCAGAUGCCAGGAAAAAGAAUCUUCCGUUUCACAAGGAUGACGCUAGCCAUGGUGAGGCACAGCGUGGUCCUGAAGUGCCAGGCACACACGGAGAGGCUCCCCACAUCGACCAGCACAAGUCCCCAGAGGAUGAAGGGAUGUUUGAUUGCUCGGGAGAGCUCUUCUCCGUUAACUUUGAUAUGGGGUUCUCACUUGACGACUCCGAUGGUGACGUCUCGGAUCGUGGAAAUGGAACUGUGAAACCAGAGGACACCAGCGAGACCCCUGCUGUUGACAGAACUUCAGAAGUGGUUCUGUCGGAUGGAACCAGCUUCCUAACUGCUGUUUCGUCCAGGUCUCUUAUUGAUCCGUGUGGCAGGAACUCGUCCACGCCGUUGUCACAUCAAACCAAGAGGGAUAUGACAGGAGGUUUGAUCACACAGACGGUCUCUCCGUUUUCCCCUCUCUACAUGACAAAACAGAAACACCCAACACCUGCAGUGUUUUCCACGCCUUCUACCUCAUUUUCAGGUCCAGGGGUUCAGGGCCAGUGGGCUGGAGGAGGCUGCAAGCUCCAGACCGAGGACUCCCUGCUUGGUAGUAGGAUAUGGACGCCCAAAAGCUUCAGCGCAAAGAAAAAUCCAGCAUCUAUCAAAAGAGUUUUACUGCGGCCGGAAGAGUCAGGCGAAGGACCUUCUUGUGACAUGAAGAAAAGCAAGCGAGGUGACAAGAGAUUUCUGGACUCCCCUAUUAAAGUGGGCAACAACAGCGAGAGUGAUGAAGAGGUUGUUUUCAGAAGGCAGGGUAAACGAACAAAGCCAAACGUUCUGCGAUCUCCUGAGAACAAAAAUACCAGUGAUGUGGACUCCCCCUUUCAAGUAACCAGAACUCGUCAGGGCCAUCUCAGCACAUCCGAGGAGUCGGAGAAUGAGGGUCAGCCCGGGCUCCAGCUGUCUGAUGAGGACUUUCAGGACACUUCGGUGAGGAGCUCCAAACAAGCCAGGCUUCUGAAAAACAGAAACGUCGGGAAAGGCAGGAGGAAGCCGGCUGGCCGCCUCUUCCUGGACGAGGAGGCGGAGCUGUCCGAGGGGGCGGAGGGCGUGUCGUCCGACGAGGACUCCGAGGAGGAACACGACAACUCGCUGGAGGGCUUCGUCGUGGGUCACAGCCAGCUCUCCCAGGGCUUGAACGAUUCUGAUAUGCAUGGGGUUUACCUGAAGUCUGUGCGGAGCCCUAUUGUCUACAACAAGUACAAGAUGGUUUACAAGCAAAGUCUUGAUGACAUGGCCGUCUUCUCCCAGAUUCCAGAGCAGGACGAGACGUACAUGGACGACAGCUUCGUUGUGCACGAGGGAGAGGAGGAGGAGGAGGCAGCGGGGGGUUCUGGUCUGAGCGAUGAAGAGGAGGUGGGGGGAGUGGAGCUGCUCCAGGAGGACUCGUACGUCGGCGGGAGGAAGCAGUACCGCACGAGGAGACACGCGCGGCUGAAACAGGCCGGGGUCCUGGAGCCAGCGAACCAGCCACCCAAAGGGAAGAAGAAAGCCUCCCGAAUCAUUGUCCAGGAGGACUCCAGCGAGGAGGAAGAGGAGAAGAGAGAUGCAAACCCGCUGCCCAAACCGUCCCCCCAGACUGACCGGCUGGAGACCAGCUUCAAGACGCCUCGGCCUGUCUCUUCAUCCACUCUCCGGACAGUCAGGAAAUCCGUCCAGGGAAAGACCCUGGAGGAGAGGUGCCAGCUGAGGCUGAGCCUUGAAGCUUCCUUAUCCGAGGCUCUGGACUUUCAGCCUCCGAGCGGGGAGGCACGCUCGGCUUCCAUGGGGAAGGAACCGCAGAGCAAAUCAACGCUGCAAAAGACGGAGAACUCCUUCCUGAACCCUGAUACCAGCAGGGCUGCGAUGAGCAGCGGGUCCCCAGCUCCGUGCGUCCUGGUGGACAGUCGUGAGAUUGCGUCCGGCCCCGAGGUGAUCUCCUGCCUGCGGGUGAAGCACGGGCUCCGGGCCGAGGUCUGCUCGCUGGGCGGCUGCAACUUCAUCGUCAGCAACAGGAUGGCAGUGGAGCGGAGGACCCAGUCAGAGAUCUCCCACAGCCAGAACCGCGGCAAGCUGGUCGAGAGAGUCCAGAGCCUGCGGGCAGCCUUCGAGAGGGUCUGUCUCAUCGUGGAGAAGGACAGGACUAAAGGAGAAACGUCGAGAAUCAUCCAGAGGACCCGGUACUACGACAGCACGCUGUCGGCUCUGCUCGGCGCGGGGACCCGGGUUCUCUUCAGCUCGGGUCAGGAGGAGACGGCCGGGCUGCUGGCCGAGCUCACCCGCGUGGAGCAGAGGAAGAACGCAGCCAUCACCGUCCCCCUGCAGGUCAAGGGUCACCGGCAGCAGGCCCUGCAGUUCUACCUCACCAUCCCCGGCGUCAGCUACGUCAGCGCUCUGAACAUGUGCCAACGAUUCCGCUCCGUCUGGCACACGGUCAACAGCUCGGUGGAGGGCUUGGCUUGGGGUGCCUGCGUCGACCCCCAGAGAGCCGAGGAGAUCUUCCGCUACUUCCACUACACCUUCGAUGCACAGCUGCUGCCAGACAGACCCACCCCCGGGAGCAGCAGACGCAGCCUUUAAGCCUUUUCUUAAAAAAAAUAAAUAAAAAUAAUACAAAAUGAACUAAGCCAUUAGCGGCAGUGCUGCAGCGGGCUCAGGGGCCACUUCUCCAGUGCCUGGACGGCUUGUGGAAUUGUCUGGAGCUGCUGUCCCCAGGAUCGUGGAGAGGAGCCCGGCGUGUCAUCCAGGCAGAUUGAGGAGGGGAUGGGGUUGUGCCUGCUCGUGAAAGAGUAGACCUGGCGAGAGGGGGAAAUGAAGUGAUCCACUCGUGGUUCUUCAGAGGUCGAGGCUGUGGCUGGAUCAAAGGGUAUCCGAGGCCUCACAGUCAGCUGGUCACUAGAUACUGCCUCUUCAGCUUGAGACUGUUGAGAAUCCCAUCAGGUAACUCCAGGUACAUUAACCCUUUUUUGGUAUUCUCUGGGACUGUUCUUUAUAGUUCAGGUUGCCAAUUAUGAAAACUUACAACAGGAUGGUGUGUUAUUCUUAAUACUACCAGAUAUGGUAAUGUAUGCAUUUUUAUUUGAUAUAAAAUGUAAAUGUUAAAUGGCUUGAAACUAUGCAGGAUCAUUUUAAGAUUUUCAUUUUUUUCCCUGUAAAGUUGUUUUUAUUAUUUUUUUUUGGUAAUAUUUGAAGAAUGCCAUGCAGACUGCAGGGUGAAAUGAAUGACUGAAAACCUUCAUUGGGCUGGACAAAGAUGGACAGUAACACUAAACCUUUUGUUUUUUUCAAAAUGCACUUUAUUUGUUUUUUUUGUCUCAAUGUAUAAGAAUUUGUAAAUUAAAUUUCACAAAAUAUUCAGUUGUACAGAAGUCUUUGAAAAUAAUUUUGACAAAAUAGCAAAAUGAAGCUUGCAGUCUGGGUUUCCACCAUUGCAGUAACUUGCAUUACAUCCGCAUAAAAAUAUGAGCAAGGAAACGAGGCACCUGAGAACGAGACACUGGCUGGGCGCAAGAAAA